AUGGUUCGAGAGAAAGUAACAGUAUCUACUCGGACACUACAGUGGAAGUGUGUUGAAUCAAGAGCAGACAGUAAGCGUCUUUAUUAUGGACGCUUUAUUCUGGCCCCACUUAUGAAAGGCCAAGCCGAUAUAAUAGGCAUCGCGAUGCGAAGAGCUUUACUCAGAGAAAUAGAAGGAACAUGUAUUACACGUGCAAGAUCUGAGAAAAUACCACACGAAUAUUCUACCAUCGUAGGUAUUCAAGAAUCUGUACAUGAAAUUUUAAUGAAUUUGAAAGAAAUUGUAUUGAGAAGUAAUCUGUAUGGAACUUGUAAUGCGUCUAUUUGUGUCAAGGGUCCUGGGUAUGUAACUACUCAAGAUAUCAUUUUAUCGCCCUCUGUAGAAAUCGUUGAUAAUACACAGCAUAUAGUCAAGACCACCAUCGUCAAUGUGGCCUCUGUUGCAGGAAAGUUUCAAGACAUGCACAUGAAGCUUUUUGACAGAACCGGCAAGAUCAGGAUGACUGACAUACCGGAGCAGCAGCAACCGUCUGCUGAAACAGGUGACAAAAGAAUUGGAUUGCGCAGUCCUUUUCAAAACUUUGCAGAUAUCUUCAAUAAUGGAGUUUUUCGCUUUAUGGGAGUGCAGACCCCGAUUUUACCCUCUAUUAUUGCUCGAGACCUAUUUGGUAGAAAAGACACCAUGAAGCAGCGCAAACCGGUCCUUAUCCAGAAUGCACAGAUGCAGGAUGCAACUAGCACUGACCAAACCCUAGCAUUGAUCCCAGUUGAUGAGCAACCACUGGAACCACUGAAGCGAAACUACCCUCCCUCACCAUUCUCCGCACCAAAGAAAUUGAAGUUUAUGAUGGAUGAGUUUAAUGGCAAUACUGCACCCAUGAAGAAAGUAAAGAUUCCUGCUCUUCCAUUCACUGCCAAAUCACUUGGUGGUUUAGUUGAGACUCCUAGUGGUAUGCUAGUGCUAGCGGAGGUCAUGAUGUCCAGGGAUGGAGGGUAA